AUGGCUCCACCGCGAUAUGAAAUGGCCGUUGGCCUUCAAAAAGGCCACAAAACAACAAAAAUUGUCGUCAGCCGUAAAAAAACGGCCACGAAAACUCACAAAUUUAAACCGUCUCGUUUAAAAGGAAGGCAAACGAAACACGGGAAAUUCAUAAGAGAUUUAAUUAGAGAAGUUGUCGGUCAUGCUCCAUAUGAAAAAAGAGCCAUGGAAUUGUUGAAAGUAUCCAAGGAUAAAAGAGCUCUUAAGUUUUUAAAGAAAAGGCUGGGAACUCACAUCAGAGCGAAGAGAAAGAGAGAAGAAUUAUCUCACAUAUUAACACAAAUGAGAAAAGCUCAAACACAACAACAUGCCAAGUAA